AUGAACCCCAAACUCAUCUUCGCCUUCUUCUUGGCUCUCAAUUUAGCCGUCCCAAUCUUCGGCCUCAGCUGCUACAAAGUCAACGAAUGGGAGACUUCAACGGUCCAUGACCGUCAUUUCUGCACUGCCUACUUCGAAGUCGGAGAUGGCCAUGCAAGAUUCGGAGGAUCGGAGACUCAUCCAAAGGACCUCCCAAAGACCUUCGCCUUCGAUUUCCUCAAAGAAGAUGACUGCCAGCUUCAAACUGACGUGCCCAUCAUGACUAUUCCCGGUGAGACCACGAGCAUCUGGGUUUGCAUCUGCUAUGAGAGCUUCUGCAACUUCCCCUUCAGCUUCAAGGAAUUCUCCCGUCGAGGUCACACUCUUCGUCCAUCCUUCGUCCCUUCGCUGAUGCCUGCUGAAGAUUCAACAGGACACCACUAA